CCCACGAGCAAGACUAAACAACGAACUGUGACGCUUCAAGCAUGUAAUACUGACAUGAAGAUGAUGAAGAAUAAAGCAAUAAACCUGAAGCACUGACAGGUUUAUUGUUUGAUUUCUAAAACUAAAAUGGAUAUUAGCAAGGCAUGUCAGGAUGGGUUAGAGGAACUUGAUUCACUGCUAGGUAGUGAUUUACCUGCGGAUCAAAGUUCCUCAUCAAGAUCUAGCUCUGAAUCCGACACUGGAUGCAGUCACGAAUCUACUUAUGCUCUUAGAAUUGCUUCUUGGAACCUACGAGAAUUAACUGAUGCUAAAGCUUCCAAAAACAUAAUAACGGAUAACGCAUGCAGGAUAAUUAACGAAAACGAGUUCAACAUUGUUGGUAUUCAAGAGGUUCAGGGGGAACAAGCACUUGUUACGAUGUGUGAAAAACUGAAUCAGUUGAAUAAUAGAAAGUGUUGGAAAUGCGUAGUUUCAGACAUUGCUGGACGCGGUAAUCAGGGUAUGGAACGAUUGGGUUUUCUGUACGACGAAUCACAAGGAUUGGCAGAUAUUUCGUCACGUCUAUUAGAAUGUUAUAAACUUGGAAAUCUGAUUUACGAGAAAGAAUUUCAUAUUGAUUAUAUCAAAAACACUCCAAUCGAUUCGCAUUGUGACAAAUCUUACUUUCUAAAACAAUUAGAAGAAACAGGGACUGAAACGAAACAAAUUUGUACAAGGCACCCGUUACUGUUCAGGUUUCAGGUAAAUAUUAUCUGA